AUUUAUGAUAAAGAAUUUAGUUUAACACUGUAAAUGAUACAAAAAUAUAUAAAACGUUGCAUUCCAGCAUAGUUAGAGAAAUGUUUUAGUGAUAAGAGACACUGUGUAUGCGUGACGAGGCUAUGUCGACUACUUGGAAAACAGCUACCCGAGCGCUGGAUAUUUAGGUAGGCACCAGCAAACAGUGAUAGAUACUAAAGUACAUUUUGACUAUAGAAGCCUAUGAAAUUACGCAUUCAUUCAUAAAGCUAAACGUGAGUCACCUUACAGCCUGGCGUCUAGGACGUGUCUUUCCAGCACCGGCAAAAACACGAAAAAAAUCCCGUCAGUCGGAAUUAUGGCUGAAUCCAUACAUUGUGAUAGCAGUAACGGCCCGGACAGCAUGGUUCGCAGUCAGUUCAUGCAGCCACCAAGUGAUUGGGCUUUCAACAAUCUCGUUGCAGACAUACGUCAAAACUUGGAUGCAAAUGAUAUUGAAAAAAUAAAGUUGCGUUUUAAAGGAAUCAUACCCGAAGCCGUCAGAUCAUGGGAAGAAGCAUUUCAUUUACUACAAGUUGAAAGAUAUAUUUCCGCGGACAAUUUGAUUUACCUCCAAAUUAUUUUGCGUGCUCUUGACCGUUCAGACCUGUUUGAAAAGACUGUUGUAUAUGCGGAAUCGAAUAAACAAAGGAUUCUUCAUUUCUACCCUAUGCCAGCAACGCACCCAAAAGGCCAUAACUUCGUUCGCAUUCAUGUCGAAGGCGGAAGAUGUCUCACGGGAGCCGACCUGCAAACAAUACGCAAUACAAUUUCUGGGGCAUUUCUCAUUCCGAUGGACGAUAUAAUGGUUGCAGGCAUAGAAGAAAGCAACAGCGUGUAUCUAACAUUUAUGCUCCCAGAUUUUUUCAUUGAAACACUCCGAAAGAUUCUUGAAAACCCGCGAUUAAGAUAUAUAUUGAAGCCAUUGGGUCUUUUAGGAAUUAACGAAAUAAAACUGCCUUGUUCUACGUUCAAUGUAGAAACUGAAGACGAAACACUACACACCGUUGAAGCAACACAAAGUGAAAACAUAAUAAAUGGGCUGAAGAGGCAACUUCAACAGAAAACCUAUCAAUUGAAGGAGUUAGAGAAAGAAAUCCUUAGAAUUAAAAGAAACAAGAACAAAAUUUCAAAAGGAAGAAAAUCAAUACGACUUGCCAUGCUACGCCUAUCAAAGAAUGUCCGUUAUCAAAGAGAGUAAAACGGAAUAAAAAUAGGAGGAAGAUAUCCCAAAUUGCACUUGCAGGUUAAGAUUGUGUUCUUCGAAGUUAAUCCGAAAGAGAAAUAACGAUGAUACCUUGAGUAAAUCACAUAGUAAAUUUUCAGAAUACAAAGUAAACUAUUGUACGGUAGCAAAUGUUGUCACAGAAAUAAACAUUAUUGACUCUCAAAACAGUUAUAACAAAAAUCAUUUACUUUAAAUUUGUUGCUAUUUUUUCUCAGCAAUAUAAUGUACAUUUUCAUUUUCAUACUUGUAACCUUGUGAUACGCAUUUGCAAAUUAAGACGAAAUUAGUGUGAACACCUAUGACGAACGAUUUUUCAAUGUGAUCAUCUCAACAUAUUUUGACUGUAUUACGUGCAGUAGAAAAAUACGCGUGUAUCGGUGACAAGGGCUGGAUUAUUAUGCCAGUACUCUGCGGUUAGUGAUAUAGAUUUUGCCUUGUCAUGUUUGUCCGUCCGUCUGUCGUUCAGAGAUAAUCUAUGUUACACAUAUACCGACCGUCAUGAAAGUGUAUAGAAAUGUCAUUCAGCAUAAAGGAGUUGCGCAACCGAGUUUAUAUCUCAUGUGAACUCAAAGUGCUCAAUGUGAGCUAUUGCUGUAGCAAUGUGUCCGCCGUCCGUCUUCUUUCUUCAUUCACAAUUUUACUGUUAACACUUUAGACGUCACAAAUUUCGCCAAGUCGUAAUGAAACUUAGAAUAUUGUGUUAAAAUCUCGGUAGAUUUUAAAACUACGUCAUCAUGGCCCAAACACUAGUUGACUGGGUAAAAUCAUUGAAAAACCUUGUUAAAACUCUAGAUUCAUCUUUCUUCUAUCUUGAUAUUGGACCUGACCAGUCAGAAUAUUUUGUAAGAUCUACAACAAGUUUGAAACUGGAUUAUCAAAAAAAUCAAAGCCACUAGGUUAAGUUAUAGAAAAAAACAUUGUUUGACAUUAUAAAAUCUAGAUAUAGUUUCAAGCUCGAUCAUCUGGCAGUAAAAAUGAUGGGGUCACGAGUUUGUAUCAUAGGAAAAGCAAACGUUGUAAACACUAGAAGUAAUAUAUUCCACUUCUUCUAUGAAUCCGGCUCAGAAUAUUUAUCAAAUGUAAAUCAGUUUUGAAACUUGGUCAAAACUAUGUCACAAGGCUAAAUAAUAGAAAGCCUUGUUCACACUAUAGAGACUACAUUAGUUAUCUGGUCUAUAUGAAUAAUGUUUACUUAAUCAAGUCUUGGUAAAGUUUGAAACUUGGUCAACUAACGUUUAAAUGUAUGUCAUAGAAAAACAUUUUUUACCCUUUAGAUGCAAUAUCGUCUACAUGAAACUUACAUGCAUUUUCACUACCGUCCAUGAACAGGCUCAAUCAAACCGAGUCUGCAACAUUUUCGUUUUUGUCGUGUUGAGCAACCUGUGGAGUUUCCAAUUUUUCUAUUUUAGUCAAAACAUUUCUCUUUAUAAAGUGUAGAACAAAUUUAGAACAUAGUUAUCUGGGAUAUAAAACUAAGUCACAAGGUUAUAUCAUGGUAAACAUUCUUAACGCUCUUAAUGCCUAUUUUCUACCUGAUCUUCAUAAAAGUAAUUAUGGUCAGAAAGUUUGUCUUUUUAUAAAAUCUGGUCAAGUUUGAUACUCUGUUAUAUUGGGCCAAUAACCAGAGUAAAUCAUAGAAAAACCUUCUUAGCACUACACACGUAAUAAUUUUCUGUUUGAAUUUUAAGAAAUUCAGUUGGAAUAUUUGUCUUCAUGAAAUUUAGAUCAAUUUCAAUAUUAAAUUAUCUUGGUCUAAAAAUCAUGUCACUUUGUCAAAUUAUAGAAGGAAACUUUGUUGACUAUGUACACACCAGUAACCUGCUUUUGACCCAGUUUCACAGUUUUCCGACAUUUUGUUAAGAAGAACAUUCUGCCUAAGUCGCAAUACAUGCGCAGAUCCGCCAAUUUGCUCAGAGGGGGAUCCAAGCGACCCCCACUAUGACACGUAUCAGUCGUUUCCAGCUAUGACAAACAUAGAAUUGUGUCUUUAUACACUAGAUAAUUUGAUAUGUGUGUUUUGUUGUUAGCCGUUUACAAGUACAAGGCUGUCAAUAAGUUUUGUUGAACAGGUUGAAUUAGAUAAUUAGCCUUCCAGAUGGGGGGUCCAGGGGCAUGCCGCACGCCCGAGCGACGACGAUAAACGAUGGAAACUUGGUCAUCACACCAUCUCACCUUGACUAGCUUGUCUCAGGUGCAUAACUUAUAAUGUUGAAGAACAUUUUAGUUAAUUGUAAUGACGGUAGGUCACAAACUUUUCUAUGACGGACGGACGAACCUACGGACAGACAAAGCCAACUAUAUAUUCCCUGACACUAUGUGUUGGCAUGAUAAGCAAGAACUCUUAUGAUCAUUAUGGGCAUGUAUUUCCCGCCGCACAUAAUAUAAUAAAAUUAUGUCGAGAUGGUCCCCUGCAAAUAUCCUAGGUGUCAACAGUCCGUUUCGUCUUAAAUCGCAUAUGUCUAAUAUAACCUAAUCCGAAAUGUUAUAAUGUCAUAAAUAAAUAAUUUACGACUGCUAGGAGAAAAAUGUAAAAAUGACUUCUUUGCAAAGAGAAGUUUCGCAUAAAAUUUUAUAUAAUAAAACUGUUGCGCACUUAGGUUUUUAGCUAUCUUUCUGUCAAAUUGUUCCAUCGACAAAGUCAAUGCACUAAAAUGCACUACAAACUAUUUCACUUUUUCAUGAAGAAAACAUUACUAAAUUUCUGUUCAGCAUGUUAACACACGUCUGAUUUUGCUGGUGAGCUUAUCUAAAGCUAACGAGGGAAGGUAAUUCAUUGAUGGGAUACAUUACGUUUUUCUGAAUUUAAAAUACUUAUAACACGAUAAAUCUACUAAGAGUAUUCAUUAAAGAUUUUAAAAAUAUUGUCACAAGUUCGAUUUAUACUAUAAUCAAAACAAAAGUAAUAAUACUUUCAGACUUGCGAACCAUUUCAAAUGUUUUUCUGAACACUUUCUAUUAAAGUGCAUUAUUCAUAAAAAUGUCAACAUCAGAAAUCGUGUGUCCAAAAUGUAUCACAAAGUGGUAAUGGUCGCCUAAUAUCUAUUUAAUAAAAUGCUUGAAAACAUUUUUGCCGAGACAUGCAUUAUCCUUGAUUUUAUGGACCUGCUUGAAAUUAAACAACAAAUUUGGGACUGAUGUUCGAGGAAUCAUCAUAUAGCGGUUUUAAAUAGUUCUCCCAAAAUAGUAUUUAGUUGAAACGGGUGUUGUGUGCAUUAUUCUAUACUGAGCCGCUUUUAAAGGGGUUUAUUUUAAAAAAUAUUUCGAUUAGUUUAACGUUAACAUAUACCUGUUGCGUAUAAUUUCUGAUGCUAAAUUUUGAAAUCAUUCAUGGGUGUAAACGCAGUAAAUGAUAUAAAAACUUGAAACUUGAAACUGUUUUAUUUGAUUUAACGCCUAUUUUUACUUAAAACAUAUUCAAUGGCGUUUUACAAAUACAUAAAAAAUACGACAAAAAUUAAUACAUUUUAAAUGACAUAUGACAUAAAUGAGCAUAAAUAUCAUUGUGAAUUAACUAUUUAGUAAGCAUUAAACAAAAGAUCAGGCAUCAGAUAAGAUUAAUAAAAUAUUAGAACAUUAAGAUACAGUAAGAUGGCUGUUUGUUAUUAAGUAAGAAUAAGUGGGUUAUUGCGACAUGUCCGGAAAUUAUUACAAACAACUGUAUUUUUGUAUUUGUUAUAAAAUAGUUCAUAUUCGAAUGUAUUUACACAAUAAAAUCAUCCUGUUCACGUUACUUCAAUCUCUUAAAAAUCACAGUCACAGUCUCUAAAAGAGUGCAAAGUAAUUUCCAAAAU